UAAGCAUAAAAAACCGGUGUCACUUAAAAGCGUCCUUUUCCAUAGUAUUAUUAAUUAAAAUUCUAACACAAUGGACAAUGGUGAAGCCACUGUAGUCCUUGAUAAUGGAGCUUAUACUGCCAAAUUGGGUUUAGCAUCCCACGAUGAUCCUCAGACAAUUUUAAAUUGCAUCAUGAAAGUUAAAGCAGAACGAAGACGAGCCUUUAUUGGCAACCAAAUUCACGAGUGUAGAGAUUCAUCCGGCUUGUUUUAUAUACUUUGCUUCCAAAAAGGUUAUCUCUUGAAUUGGGAUAUACAAAAGACGGUGUGGGAUCAUAUCUUUAGUCAUGAAGGUUGUGGCAUUUCACUUGAAGAUCGCAACAUUCUGGUCACAGAACCUCAACUCAACUUUCCCACCAUUCAGGAGACCAUGAUGGAGAUUCUCUUUGAGGAAUAUCAUUGCAAUGGAGUGCAUAAGAGCACCACAGCGGAGCUGGCAGCCUAUAAUUAUUGUGCCGAUAGCGAAGAGACUUCUAUGCAGGCUUUGAAUUGCAUUGUUGUGGAUGUGGGCUAUAGUUUUACACAUGUGGUGCCAUUUGUGCGAGGUAAGAGGGUGUUGAAAGGCAUACGUCGCAUUGAAGUUGGUGGCAAAGUGCUAACAAAUCAUUUAAAAGAAAUCAUAUCGUAUCGUCAUUUGAAUGUCAUGGAUGAAUCGUAUGUGGUAAAUCAAAUCAAAGAAGAUGUUUGCUUUGUUUCACAAAACUUUGCCGAUGAUAUGCGGGUGCAUAGCGAUGCCAAGAAACGUACCGAGGUGGCAGUGGAAUACAUGCUGCCCGACUUUACUACUGUGAAAAGAGGCUAUAUACGCAAAAGUCCUUCCAAGAAUCCCAUCUCGGAAGAUUCAGAUCAACAAUCUUUGCGUUUGUGCAAUGAACGUUUUACUGUGCCAGAAUUGCUGUUUAAUCCCUCCGAUGUAGGCAUACAGCAGGUUGGCAUACCCGAAGCAGUGAUAGAUGCCUUAAAGGAUUGUCCACCCUAUGCACAUCAUGAACUUUUGCGUAACAUUUUGGUGAUUGGAGGAACAUCUUUGUUUCCUGGCUUUAUACCACGCUUGAAGAAUGAAAUACGAGCUUUGGCUCCAGAUGAUUUGGAGGUUUCAUUGAUAUUUCCCGAUGAUCCUGUGACCUAUGGCUGGUAUGGUGGCAAAGAAAUGGCUAGUAGUGAAGUUUUUAGGGAUAUUAUAUUUACUCGAGAAGAAUAUGAAGAAAAUGGUUAUACAGCAAGUAAUGAACGAUAAUGAAUAAAGGAAAAAAUCAAGAAGAAAAAAACUGAUUCUGAGAUAAUUUGCUAUAAAGGUGAG